AUGUGCUGUUGUUGGAUUUACUGUAGUGUUUCAGAUUUAAUUUUAUAUAUUGUUGCCUUUUUCUUUCCACCUGUAGCAGUUUUACUGAGGUCAGGUAUAUGGUCACAAGAUUUACUACUAAAUAUAUUACUUACGAUGCUCGGAUAUGUUCCUGGGAUGAUCCAUGCAUUUUACUAUAUUAAUAUCACCAGCCCAUUGAGAAAUAAUGGUACAGAAACAGUGUAUAUAUAUCAACAAAACUGGGAAGCCAAUAAUAAUAAUAAUAGAGAUAAUACAGAGUCAUCAAAUAGCGUUGGAAGAAGUUAUCCAUCCGUAGAAACUCCGCUACUUAACCCAUCGACUAAUGUACCAGGGGAUAAUAAGGUACAAAGUCCAGCACCUCCUCCAUACACUGUUUAA